AUGGAUGAGCUUGAGCUUGCGUGUCCCGCCUCCACCACCAGCAGCUCUCCCUCCGCUGCCUCCUUCUUCUCCGCCGCCGGCCACCACCACCAGGAACCCGGCUUCGUGUCCGCCGAGGUCCUGGAGCGAUGGCUGGGGAUGGACGACUGCAUGCUGGACGAUGGGCCCCUGCUGCAAGAUGGGGGCGACGACGCCUCGCGGGCCCAGGGCAUCGAAGAACAACUGUCCGGCCGGCCGCCGGCGCCACCUGCGCCCAAGAGGCGGGGCCGGAAGCCCGGGCCCCGGAGUAAAGGCACGGCCAUCACCCACGUGGAGGCGGAGCGGCAGCGGCGGGACAAGCUCAACCGCCUCUUCUGCGAGCUCCGGGCCGCCGUGCCCACCGUGUCGCGGAUGGACAAGGCGUCCCUCCUGGCCGACGCGGCCGCCUACAUCGCCCAGCUGCGCGGCCGCGUCGACCAGCUCGAGGCCGAGAACAAGCUUGCCGUGGCGGCAGCCGCCGCCGCCCCCGUCCAGGAGAACCUGGAGGUGCGGAUGGUGGGGAGCGAGGCGGCAGCGCUGCGCCUGACGACCGCGGCGCGCCAUGCCCCCGCGCGCUUCAUGCUCGUGCUCCGCUGGCUGGAUCUGCCCGUGCAGCACGCGAGCGUGUGCCUCGUCGGCGGCAUGACCGUGCAGGACGCCGUCGUGGACGUGCCCGCCGCCGCGCUGCGGGACGAGCGCGCCCUCCGCGCAGCAUUGUUACACCUGCUGCAGCAGACCGGCUAGCAUCUUGGGUUCUUGGGUCGGCAGGUUUGCGAUGAUCUGAUAUACUCAGAAUCUCAGAUUCGUCGCCAAAUAAAGCACGCCUACUCGUGUUUCAAUUUGUGGCCGGCUUGACAUAAUCUGGCACCAAAUCAAGCUAGCUAGCUGCAUGUCAUCUGACGUGCAUCUUUAUUCUCGAUCUAUAUAUUGCAAUGUUGGUGUCCGUGUUUGCAUUAUUGCACAUGCAUAUACCAUAUAGUGCUUAUUAUAUUAGUGUGUUUAUAUUUU